AUGGAAAUCCCCACAAAACUCCCCUUCUCCAAGCGGCGGCUCCGACCUCGUGUUGUUAUCUCCUACGUCUUUGACUAUGUGAUCAUUAUUGUCUGCGCUAUCGGCUUCUCGAUACUGAACAAGGUCGAGCCCUUCCACCAACACUUCUCCCUCAACAACAUCUCCAUCCAAUAUCCUUAUGCCGUACAUGAACGCAUCCCUAUGGUCUACGCCCUCUGCAUCUCUGCCGUGUUCCCAGUCGUCCUCAUAAUCCUUUACACCUUGGUCAUCGAUGGCCUAUUUUCGCACAAUAAGCCACAGGACGUAUCGUCUGGGAAGCGGAGAGUGAGAGGUCCGCAUCGCUGGAAGGACAGACUUUGGGAGCUUAAUUGUGGCAUUUUAGGUCUUUUACUGGCUCAGGGGCUCGCAUUCUUCAUCACACAGGCGCUGAAGACCGCAUGUGGCAAACCGAGACCCGAUCUCAUCGACCGUUGUCAACCACGCGCUGGCAGCAAGGACCUUUUCCCAGGAUUGUCGAACUCAACGAUUUGCACAGGUGACCCCGCAUUGUUAACAGAUGGGUUUCGGUCGUGGCCGUCCGCCUCCUUCGCCGGUCUCGUUUACACAUCGCUCUGGUUAGGCGGAAAGCUGCAUAUAAUGGACAAUCGUGGUGAGGCCUGGAAGGCCCUUCUCGUCAUGGUUCCUCUGCUAGCAGCAAGUCUCGUGGCGGUAUCGCGUAUCAUGGAUGCGCGCCACCACCCCUUCGACGUGAUCACGGGGUCGAUGCUUGGGGUCGCCUGCGGUUUUGUCGCAUAUCGCCAGUAUUUCCCACCCCUCAGUGAACCUUGGCGCAAGGGUCGCGCCUACCCAAUCCGAACCUGGGGGUCGGAUCCUGUAGGACCCGAUGCCGUUCGCCUUACCAGCAUCAAGGGCGAUAGCUCGACUGCUCUUCACAACGCCGAAGAAGAGCCCAUGGGCCAAGGUAUGCCCAGCUCGGAACAAGCCAGACCCGACGCAUCUACCUAUCUUCAUGCCUCCAACUCAUACGUAUCGGAUGAUUUCAAUCGCCGUUCACACGACCAGGAUGCUGAUGGCGGUGUUUGGUCGUCGAGCGAGGACGACGUUACCAACGGAUAUCAGAUGCGACAAGGUCAUACUAUGGGGCAAAAUCCCGGUGCCGGUAACCAUGCACCUCAAUAUGACCCCAGCCAUGCGUAUGUGUCUCAAACACAGUCGCUGGCGGCUAAUGCGGAAAUCCACAUUCCUGAUCCGAUGGCCUACUUCGUUAACGGCUACCUGAAAGCAAACCAGCUGACCCCACCAUACAUCCUGGUCCUCUUCAUCGUCAGCGUAGUCGCCGUCUUCUGGGCCAUCGACACGCUCAUCCGCUUCACAACAACAAAGCGAUCCGCAAUCUUCGUCGCAUUCGUGGACCUGAUCUUCUUCGGCGCCUUUAUUGCAUCCGUCUACCAGCUGCGCUUUAUCGCCAACGCCGACUGUGCUAGCUGGAAUGGCGGUACCGUCUGGAUCUCUCUGGGUCCAUUCGGUUACUACGGCCAGCGCACAGAAAAUCCGUUAUCACUGCACAUCAACAAGACUUGCGCCAUGCUGAAGGCCUCCUUCGCACUUGGUAUCAUGGAAACGGCAUUCUUCUUCUGGACUGCGCUGAUUGCGCUGUUCAUGCACCGCUCGUAUACUCCGACUGUUGUGAAGGAGACAACAACUGUUCGAAGGCGCAGCCAUUCCAGUCGUCGUGGUCAUGGUUCUGGAUCGCACUCGCGCCAUCGCAGCUCCAGUCGCAGACCGGCGCCUUAUGUCGUUUGA